AUGAUUGUGUCUGCAGAUCGACAAGUAACUUUGUCGAAGAAGGAUCUUCUUUCAUACAUUUUCACGGAGCCCAAGCAAUUCAAUACCAAUGAACCUAUAUACAUUGAUACUACAGACCCAGUGAGAACAGUCUCAUUCAUCCAAGCAAGAAACCUCGUUCGUCGUCUGAUUACGGGUCUUCGGGCAGCUGGGUUACAGACGCAUGACUGCGUCGCAGUUCAUGCAGCAAAUAAUCUUCACUAUACCCUGUUUGUUCUCGCAAUAAUCGGGGCAGGCGGGGUAUUCACGGGCACAAACCCCUUCUACCGACCCCUCGAAUUGGAGCAUCAUCUACGGACAUCGCACGCCAGAUUCGUCAUCGUCGAGUUCGAACAUGCUAGAUCUCUCUUGGACGUGGCCGAAAAGCUUGACAUACCCGUGAAGAAUAUCUGGGUAUACCACUCGGAUGAGAGUAUGAUAAAAUCUCUGAAAAUGAGAUCCUGGAAGACCCUUUUGAAUUACGACCCAUCCGAUUGGGUUUGUCCACGUGAGCCGAAAAAGACCACCGCGGCCCGAUUCUUCAGCAGUGGGACUACUGGGCUUCCCAAGGCAGUGGAACUCACACACCACAAUUUGCUUGCACAGCAUUCCCUGGUAUUUGAGGCGCAUCCGCGACCGUAUCAAAUGUCAUUUCUCGUCGCUCUUCCUAUUUUUCACGCUGCGAUGGCUCCUUUGGUACACAUUGGAGCUCUUCGUUCCGGAAUCAAAAUGUAUAUCAUGAGCCGCUUUGAAAUCAACCGCUACCUCAAGAUGAUAGAUAGGUUUGCUAUUACCGAUCUCAUUGUUGUUCCACCAAUUCUUCAUGCCAUGGUCGCAUCCGUCCCUCAAAAUCGCUUCGCGCUCCGCAGCUUGAGAAACGUCGUUUGUGGCGCGGCUCCUUUGUCCCGGGAAAUGCAGGCGAAGGCAAAAAGUCUACUUGGACCGGAUGUGCCGCUUACACAGGGCUGGGGUAUGACCGAGUCUUGCUGCGCGUCAACGAUGUUCCCAUAUCCAGAGUGUGACGAAACCGGCUCGGUUGGAAGACUGGUCCCAAAUAUGGAGGCAAGGCUCCUGGAUGCCAACGGGAGACCUAUAUCCACUCAUAACACCCCGGGAGAGCUCUACAUUCGUGGGCCAACCGUCACACCGGGGUACUAUGACAAUCCCAUGGCCAACAAAGCCACGUUUGAUGCAGACGACUGGCUUCGAACAGGUGAUAUUGCCACAUACAAUUUUGAGACACGGAAAUGGUAUAUUAUCGGCCGCCGAAAGGACAUGAUCAAGGUACAGGGGUUUCAAGUGUCACCGUCAGAAAUCGAGGCUGUUCUUUUGAUGCACCCCGGUGUCGAAGAUGUUGCUGUUGUUGGAAUAGUUGGCGUGGGUUGCGAAAGGAGUCGAUCGGAGCAACCGCGAGCAUACGUUGUUCCACUGCCUGGCGACAAAACUAUCUCAGAAGAGUCAUUGCGGUUGUACGUGGCGGAAAGACUCUCCAAGUACAAACACUUGAGUGGUGGUGUAGAGUUUGUAGACGCAAUUCCGAGGAACGCCAGUGGAAAAAUCCUCCGUCAAAAUCUCUCACGAGGCGGAAUAAAGUUAGACGGAACACAAGCUGCAGACGGCAUAGUAUCGAAGAUUUAA